AUGCUGCAAUUCCACACCUACAAUGUCAGCACCGACACCAUCACUGGAGAGGCCGAACCUUCAAACCCCACACAAAGACCCCGAAUACCACGGAAUGGCAGGGACACGACCCUCGGCAAUGGGCUUGCCCAUUCCUGCGUUUGGAGACGCACGCAACGGGACGACUUGGAUCCGACAACGCGAUCGCAAUGUCCCGCUCUGACAAUGGAUGAAUGCGUACUGGUUCCACCAACCCGCCACAGGAGGCGUGAUAUGGUGGUCCUGCUCCAGUGUUUUUCCAUAGCCCACAUCCCUGCUGUUGCUUUUUUUUUUUCAUGUGCUGUUCCUUGUGUAUUCCCUUAG